AUGGAUCGCAUCACCAGCCUGGACUCAUGGACCGCAGGACCAGCCUGGACUCAUGGAUCGCAUCACCAGCCUGGACUCAUGGACCGCAGGACCAGCCUGGACUCAUGGACCGCAGGACCAGCCUGGACUCAUGGACCGCAGGACCAGCCUGGACUCAUGGACCGCAUCACCAUUCUUUCUAAUCCAGCUGAGCCAAGAGAAGCACUGAUCCUCAACACCUAA